AUGAUGAUGAACGAAAAAAAAACAAGAAUAAUAAUAAUAAUAAUAAUAUUAUUGAAUAUAUCGAAAAUUGCAUUAUCCUGUUACGUGUUUCCAACAGAACAAGAAAAUCCAUGCAAGGACAAAAAAUGUCAAUACGGUGCGAGAUGCGUUCCGUCACUCGAUGGAAAAUCAUCAGAAUGUAAAUGCCCGGAAAAUUGUCCGAAUUUGGGUGAUCACGUGGGUUCGAGACCUGUUUGCGGAUCCGACGGUUUGGACUAUAGGGACAGUUGCGAAUUGAAACGUUCCGCAUGUCUUACAAACACGGAAAUAUCCAUCAAAUAUCAAGGAAAAUGCGAUCCAUGCGAUAACAUACAAUGUCCGGAACCGGAAAUCUGUCAAUUAGACGAAGAUAGACAACCGGAAUGCAGGUGUGGAGAAUCCUGUUCUCUUGAAUUCACUCCAGUUUGUGGUUCGGAUGGUAAAACCUACAGCAACGAAUGUUCCCUAAGACAAGAAUCUUGCAGGACGAGAAAAAAUUUAAGAAUUAUAUACAGAGGAAAAUGCAGUUCAGGUUUCAAUCCUUGUUCCUCGUUGAAAUGCAUUAACGGUGAAGAAUGCGUCAUCAAUAAAUACGGUAUAGCAAGAUGCGAAUGUCCAACGGAUUGCGAACCCAUCGUACGACCAGUUUGCGGUAACAAUUCCAAAACAUACGACAACGAAUGCGAAUUAAGAAAAUCCGGGUGUUUGUCCAAAACCAAACUGGAAACGUCGUAUGCUGGAAUAUGCGGAGGUGAGGGACCGUGCAGUGGUCAUUUUUGUACAAACGGAGCUUUGUGCGUAGAAAGAGGAGGUAAACCCUAUUGCGAAUGUCCCACGUGUCCAUCCGAAUUUGAUCCCGUUUGUGGAUCCGAUGGAAUUUCCUAUGGAAAUGAAUGCAAAUUAAGACUGGAAGCAUGUCAACACAGGAGAGAUAUUUCCGUUUUAUAUCCGGGAUUAUGCAACGGCUGCGAAAAUAAAAGAUGCGAAUUUUAUGGAAUUUGCGAAAGCGAUGGUUUUGGCGAAACGAAUUGUAUUUGUCCAUCUAAUUGUCCAGAGGGUCUUCAAGGACUUUCCGUUUGCGGAAGCGAUGGUAAAACGUACAAUUCCGAAUGCGAUUUGAGACAACAUUCAUGCAAAACAAAACAGUUGAUAUCGAUUGCUUAUAAAGGGGAUUGCGAUUUAUGCCAAGGUGUAAAAUGUAAAUUUGGAAGUCGUUGCGUGGCCGGAGAUUGCAUUUGUCCAAUUAAUUGUUCCUAUACCGAUUCAUCUGAAUUAGUUUGUGCCUCAAACAUGGUCACCUAUGCAAACGAAUGCGAAAUGCAAAAAGCAAGUUGCGAACAACCGGAACAUUUACCACCCUUAAGCGUUUUCUUCUACGGUUCUUGCAAGGAAAAAUUUACAUUACCGACAACAACAACGUCAAUAACACCAAUCAGAACUAACGUCAUCGACACUGGAGAUCGUGAUAAAUUAAUGCGUAACAAAACUUAUACGAUUUCGGAGAGGGAAAAAGAAGUUUGCAAAGACAUACAUUGCGAUUAUGAAGCAACUUGCGAAUUAGGCCCGGAUAAUUUUCCCAGGUGCACCUGUAAAUUUGAUUGCGAAAACGUUGUCGGUGGUGGGAAAAUGGUUUGCGCUAGCGACCUACGCAUUUACCCAAGCCUUUGCGUCAUGAAAAUGGAAGGCUGUCAAAGACAGGAAGAAUUACGACUCCGUCCCUUAGAAUUAUGUGAAGGUAUGGAAGUUAAACCGUGUAAUGGAGAACCUCCGCUCAUCGAUUCGGUAACUAAUAAAGAAUACGAUUGUGGUUCCGGUCCCUCGAGACAAGAUUGUCCUUCCGGAAGUUAUUGUCAUCACACGAAACAUUUUGCUAAAUGUUGUAAAAAAGAUUUAAAUACCCUGUUCGACAAUUGUUCGGAUUCUUGGUACGGAUGUUGUCUCGAUGGCGUAACCAUAGCUCAAGGACCCGACAAUACCGGAUGUCCGUCCCUCUGCGGUUGUAACAGAUUAGGUUCGUUCGAUGAUACCUGCGACGAAGAUACCGGUCAGUGCAAUUGCAGGCCCGGAGUCGGAGGUUUAAAAUGCGAUAGAUGCGAACCAGGUUUUUGGGGUUUGCCGAAAAUAUCAGAAGGACAAAAUGGGUGUCAACCGUGUAGUUGUUCCCAGUACGGUUCCGUGAGAGACGAUUGCGAACAAAUGACAGGUCGUUGCGUUUGCAAAAAUGGAGUUCAGGGUCAGAAAUGUACGAUUUGCACGGAUGCGAACAAGUUUUUGGGUCCCGCAGGAUGCGUUUACGGUAAUUAUGACACGGACAAUGCACAAAAAAAUCAAAACGUCGAAGAGAGGAGUAUUAAAACCGAACAAAUACUAUCCGAUACAGGUACCGAAUGGCCACUCAAACGUUCGACAUCCGUCAAGUACACAGAAUCCGAAUCGAUUAGCAGUCCUCUUUACAAAAGUACGCGUCAUUUGAAAUUUCCAGAUCACAGGUACAUGUACAACGGUGAAGAUACCAGCCAACUCACAUCUGCCAGCCUUUAUCAUUUAUCCGAUACCAGUCACGCAGUACCUUGGCACACGGAAGGUUACAACGUGGGAAUUUACAGACCUACUCCGGCCACCAUAACGAUAACGGCAUUGCUUGGAGAUUUGUGCGAAAUAUCAGCCGAUUGCGGUGUUCCACACAGCGAGUGCAUAAAGGGAAGUUGCCUGUGUCCCGAUGGAUAUUCCGAAACGCCAAAUCGUCAGGAUUGCAUAUCAGACAAUUUCAAUCCGACUCCUUAUCACAAAGCUUACGAAAUCCCAUCUUUCGACGGAAGAUCUUAUUUGCAAUUGAAAAGACUCAAAGCAUACAACAAGUUAACGGUUGAAAUAGAAUUCAAAUCUUAUGCCAACGAUGGGAUUUUAUUGUAUUCUCAACAGAAACCUGACGGAACGGGAGAUUUUCUUUCAUUGGCCAUCGUAAACGGCUACGUGGAAUUCAGAUAUAAUUUAGGAAACGGUGCCGUCGUUAUAUCAUCCCUUGAAAAAAUUGAAUUGAAAAGAUUUCAUAAAAUAACGGCUAAAAGAUAUCACAGAGAUGGAAUACUCAAAUUGGACGAUUACGAAGAUGUCGCCGGACAAAGUCAGGGAACUUUAAAAAGUUUAGAUUUGGUUGAACAUGCAUACGUCGGUUACGUACCUACAAAUCAUUCGAGAGUUUACGAAAACAUCGGAACAAACAGAGGAUUGACGGGUUGUAUAAGAAAAUUAAAAAUCGGACGACAUAUUGUCGAAAUGAACGAAGAAAGAGAUCAACUAGUUGAAAAAAUUGUCGGAGUUAUGGAAUGCGGUGAAAAUCCAUGUUCUAACCUUCCAUGUAACAAUUCUGGAACGUGUUUUGCAAUAGAUUCCGAAAAAUACGUUUGUAAUUGCAGAGAGGAUUACACGGGUCAACAUUGCGAAACUUGGUUGAAUCCUUGUUUAUCCGAACCUUGCGGUUUCGGUUCAUCAUGCGAUCCUCAUCUUAGUCAGGGUGGUUUCACGUGUCAUUGUUCUCCUGGAAGAAAAGGAACAUUCUGUGAAUUACUGGAUACGAAAAAUUUAAUAAUAAAACCCGCGGAAUUCAACGGGGAUUCAUACGUUGAACUUUCAAAAUUGGAAAAUGUCGGACGUUCUUUUUCACUGGAACUUUGGAUACUAGCAAAAGCACCCGAUGGAAUGUUGGUGUACAACGGUCAACUUUUAAACGGAAAAGGAGAUUUUAUUUGCGUUUACUUAUACAGGGGAUUCGUUGUUUUUCAAUUUGAUUUGGGAAGCGGUCCCGCUAACAUAACAUCGUCGCAAGUGAUUUCCGUUGGUACGUGGCAUUCGAUUAAAGUCAGCAGACAGGAUAGAGAUGGUUUUCUACAAGUCGAUGAUGGUAUCGUGACCACAGGUUCUUCCGGACCUCCUCUCAACGAACUUAAUUUAGAACUUCCGUUGUACGUUGGAGGAGUACCUUUGGGCUACGAAGUGAGCAAAGAAAUAAAAGCAUCAGCGGGUUUCAUUGGAGGAAUUCAAAGACUUGUCGUUAAUCAUAAUUCGUGGGAUGAUUUAUCUAAUUCCACGUUUAAAUCGUACAACGUUAAACAAUAUUCAGGGGUUCCGUGCAAUCAAACGUGUCACAACGGCGGAUCUUGUCUUCCAUAUUUAAAUACUUUUGUGUGUCUUUGCCCGGUAAAUUUUAACGGAAAUCUUUGCGAAUUAGGUAUGGACACGUCAAAUCGGUUAACUUCCGUUGUUAGUAAAACAAGAGAAGAUAAUCCGAUACGUCUGUCUCCGGGAAACUAUUUAGAAUUUCUUAACAAAGUGUAUAAAAAAAGAAAAGAAGAACACGUGAAUAAUUACAAAAUGGUGAUAAAAACAAAUUCUAGAAAUGGUAUUUUAUUAUGGUUGGGAAAAAAGAAAUCAGCCAAAAUGGAUUUUAUAUGUAUCGGUUUGAUCAAUGGUUUCCCACAGUUUAGUUUUAAAUUAGGAAAACAAAACGAAACGAUACACAUCGGAUCAAAGGUUUUCGUGAGCGAUGGUAAAUGGCAUACAAUAACAGUACAUAGAAGAAAAAAAAGAGGAUACAUACAAACGGAUGAUGAAAUCCCAGUUAAAAAAAUUUCUAAUUCUUCAACGUCCAUAUUAACAACAAAUGGAAAAUUAUACAUCGGAGGAGCACCCAUAUUACCUUCAGGAUUGCCAAAUGAAUAUUACGAAGGUUUUUCUGGAUGUUUAGAAAGCGUUACAAUCGAUAGAAAAUCAUUAGAUCUUAUAAGCAAUCAAAAAAAUUUAGAAUUCUGUCAAGAAAACGAAGUCUGA